GUCUACAUGACGUGGUGCCAUCAAGAGCGUCAACAGCGCCAGUAACCACUGAAGCAAACUUGGAAAAUUGGAGGGGAAAAUAGAAUUCUACGUACUGCGCGUAUUUUCUGUUUAUUUUCCAAAUUUCAAUUCCACCGAAUGCAAAGAAAGAAAAAGAAACGUAAAAUAAAAGAGAAAAACAAAACCACUGUAAAGAAAAAGGAGGAAGGAGAGAGAGACAGAGAUAGAUAGAUAGAGAGAGAGCAGCGUAGUUCGGUAAUUGCCAAACUUUUUUUUUACAGAAGAGCGAUCACACUGCAAAUCCGCACCUGAAAUUCUCUAUUGGGUUUUUUCCCAUCUUUCCUUCUCUGUGGGUCGCAUUGUUCUUGAAUUACGCUGCUGAUCGGCGUCACCGAGCGAGGUUUAUUUUCUCGGUUCAAUUUUCUGCCGAGGUAAGAUUCUCGGCGCCUCGCCUCCCCAACAAAAAAAAAAAGAGAACUCGCAUUUUUGUUUUCUUUUUUUCUUUUCCAUUUUGGUAGGGUUUGGGGUUUUCUUUCUGGCGUGUGGGAGGCUUGGUUGCAUUUUGAUUGGUUACGAUUCAGAUCUGCUACUGUGUGCUGAAGGAUUGCUGGUGACUUUGAUUUAGGGUUUUCCCUUUAAGAUUUUGUGGUGAAUUAUUGAGGAUGAUAUUUUGGGGGAUUUAAGCCUUUUUUUUGUUUUGCUUAAUUCGUAUAUUUUCCGCUUGGUUUGAUGGAACCGGGCAUGAGAUCCGGUGGCCCUCCUGGGGUUUUUGUGAAGAACAGGAGUUCUUCAGGAUGUUUGAUUGUUAGGAAGAAAGGUGAUGGGCUGAGUGGUGGGGUUGGCAGCUCUUCGAGCUCCAGGAAGAUGUAUGAAUCGAAGAAAGUGAAGAAGAGGCCCAAAGUUGAGCUGAGUAGAGAUUCGGGAUCAAGUGGUGAUCUACCGAUGCCGCCUGCUAGAAGGCUUGGUCCUGAAACCAUUCGAGUAUGCAAUGGUUUGAACGCAUUCGAGCGAGGCGUGGCUGGUGGCAGUGAAAUUGUCAGGAAGAGGGACAGGUUUGAGCAGAUUAGGCGUAAUGGGGAUGAUUUAUCUGAGGAGGAUGGGUUGGAGAGGAUGGAAAGGAAGCGCAGUAAGAUUGAUGCGUUUGGUUCUGAUCAAUAUGAUGAUGCUAUGGACGUGGACAUUAUGAGAAGGAGGCAUUUUGAAAAUAAUGGGGGUGGUUUAGGAGGAGGAAGGUUUGCUGGGGCAAUGCAUACUACUAGAACUGGCAUUGAUAGGGAGUUUGAAUCUGGGUCAAGCAGACACACCAUUGAUAAGAGGAAAAACUCCUACCACAGCAGGGCAACUGGCUCAUACCGAGGAGAUAAUGUUGACCAUAAUAGGUUCAAGAUGAACAGGGAUGCAGCUCAGCGCCCUCUGCCAUUGCUGAGGGAAAAGUUUAACUGUGGAGAAACUAUCAGGAUUCAGGGGAAAAAUGGGGUUUUGAAGGUGAUGGUUAAGAAGGAUAAGAUGGGUGGGCCACUGGAACACUAUGAUAAUCGCAAACCUGUAGAAAGCAGACAAAGUUUGAGGGCAGAGGGGAUUGCCAAGAAGAAUGUUCUGAUACACCCUUCAUCUUACUUGGAAGCAAAACCUAUUGAGAAACAAGAUUUAAAUGUUAGGCCAGAGAAGAAACUGUUAGCAACAAGAAAAUCAUCGAGUAAGGACAGUAAGGGUGAUGAGCAGGAUUCAGAUAACAGUGACACUUCAUUGAAUGUAGGCGUAAAAGGCAGUGAAGCUCCCAAGUCUUCAAAGAGAGUAGCAUCUGAAGAUGAACAGAUUCCUAAGCAUGAAAAACUCCAAACUACAGCAAUUAAAGAAGGAAAAAUAAGGCGUGGUAGUGGCACAGAAAAGCAGAAGCUUCGAGAAAAAAUCCGGGAGAUGCUUCUUAAUUCAGGUUGGACCAUAGACUAUCGCCCUCGGAGGAAUAGAGACUAUCUUGAUGCAGUUUACAUCAAUCCCGCUGGUACGGCCUAUUGGUCUAUCAUCAAGGCCUAUGAGGCACUUCAGAAGCAAUUGAAUGAUGACGACCCUGGGGCCAAGCUCAAAGGGGAGAGCUCUUCUUUUGCUCCUAUUGCAGAUGAUGUGCUUAGUCAGUUGACAAGGAAAACUCGGAAGAAGAUGGAGAAAGAGUUAAAGAAGAAGAAGAAGGAAAGAGAUAAUAUUGAGAGUGACAGUGAAAAAGAGCGUCAAUUUAAAAUAUCUUCCAGCAUCAAGCAUGACAUGAAUGGCACGAAUAGUGAAAUCAAUCCAGAGAAACUAAGCUCCUUUUUAAAGCAAGGAAGUAAGUCAAUGAAAACUAAAAUGAUUGAAAAUGCUGUCAACAGUGGUAGCUCUAAAAGCCAGAACGUUGUCUCUCAACCGAAUGAUGGGACUGAGAAAUCAUUUCCAGGAAACAAUCCCCAUGUCUUACAUGGGAGGAAAAGUAGAAAAGACGGAAGAUGCACUUUGUUAAUUCGUAAUUCUAACAUAGGUUCAGGUUCAGAAUCUGAUGACUUUGUUCCAUAUACUGGGAAAAGAACAGUGCUUUCCUGGUUGGUUGACUCAGGGGCUGUACAGUUAAGCCAAAAGGUUCAGUAUCGUAGAAAGAAGCGAGUGAUGCUGGAGGGAUGGAUCACAAGAGAUGGCAUUCAUUGUGGCUGCUGUAGUAAAAUCCUCACAGUUUCAAAGUUUGAGCUUCAUGCAGGAAGUAAAUUGCGCCAGCCAUAUCAAAACAUUUAUUUAGACUCUGGAGAUUCUCUUCUACAGUGCCAGAUUGAUGCAUGGAGUAGACAAGAGAAGUCUGAGAAAAUCAGUUUCCAUUCAGUAGAUAUUGAUGGUAAUGAUCCAAAUGAUGAUACUUGUGGUAUAUGUGGAGAUGGAGGGGAUUUGAUCUGUUGUGAUAGUUGUCCAUCAACAUUUCAUCUGAGUUGCUUAGACAUUCAGAUGCUUCCCCCUGGUGAAUGGCAUUGUCCAAAUUGCACCUGCAAAUUUUGUGGAGUUGUCAGUGGACCUGUGAACAAAGAUGAAUUAACUAUAAAUGCGCUGCAUAUUUGCAACUUAUGCGAGAAAAAAUUUCAUGAACGUUGUACAAAGGAGAUGGACACCCUUCCUACUAACUCUGAUUUCUCAGGGCCUUCCUUUUGCGGAAAGGGCUGCAAAGAGCUCUUUGAGCAUUUGAAAAAAUACCUUGGUACCAAGCAUGAAUUAGAUGCAGGCCUCACUUGGUCUCUCAUUCGUAGAACAGAUGAAGACUCAGAUGCAGCUAAUAGGGGGAUUAGCCAGAGGGUGGAAUGCAAUUCCAAGCUAGCUGUUGCACUCGCUGUGAUGGAUGAAUGCUUUUUACCAGUUGUUGAUAGGAGGAGUGGGAUCAAUAUACUACAUAAUGUUUUAUAUAAUACUGGGUCAAACUUCAGUCGGUUGAAUUAUACUGGUUUUUAUACUGCUAUUUUGGAGCGAGGGGAUGAAAUGAUUUCCGCCGCAUCAAUCAGGUUCCGUGGGACCAAGUUAGCUGAGAUGCCAUUCAUUGGAACUCGCCAUAUGUAUAGGAAUCAGGGGAUGUGCCGCCGGCUCUUUUGUGCAAUUGAAUUGGUUCUUUGCUCUUUGAAGGUUGAGAAACUGGUUAUUCCAGCGAUUUCUGAACUCAUUCAUACAUGGACAACAGUUUUCGGCUUCACGCAUCUUGAGAAAUCACUCAGACAAGAAAUGAGGUCAUUGAGUAUGUUGGUCUUCCCUGGUAUAGAUAUGUUGCAGAAGCUGCUAGUGGAGCAAGGAAAACUUGAGGGUUUUGAGAGAAUUAAAAAUAGAGAUGAGGUUAAUACUAAUCCCAGUAUGGCUAGUAGGUUGGACAUGAAUUCCUCAGCCCUGCAAACUCCUCAUGGAAACGAUGAUGCUAGUUCAAAUCCUGACAAUGACAUAAGCAAUGAAUCUAGUGAUGCUUCUCAAGAACAAAGCAACAAAAUCUUGGUUGACAGGAAUGUGUGGUCAAAAUCUCAUUCUGAGGAUAGGUUAUCUGAUUCUGCUUCAGAUAAAUGCGUUUCAUCUUCUAGUACCAGUGAUGAUGUGCUAGAAUCGAACAAUAAAAUAGUGACAGCCUCUCCUGGUAAUGAUAAAUUGCAUCCUUCUGCGAAGUUUCAAAAGGACAAUUGUAUGAGUACUCCUCCAAUAGAUGCUUCAAAUUGCCAUGGAAAUCCAGCUUUGGGUUCCGAGAAUGCUUUUUCUGACCCUGAUUCUGCAGAAAAUAUGGUUGAACCUGUUUCUAAUAGGAAAUGUCACUCAUACACUGAUAUGAAUUGUGAUCCCUCGGAGCAUGGUAUCAAUCCAGCAUUGGAUUUGCGUGUGGGGGGUAAUGCUUUGUCUUUUAGAGAGUUUGAUAUGAAUGAUGCCCAUGAUGAGGCUUUUGAAGCUGAUCCAUCAGUGAAUUUGCUUGAGGAGAAUAAUAAACACGUGGAUAUCUCUUGUUCUAUUCUUAAUCAAGGUGGUGAGAGUUCUUUGCGAGUAAGAUAUGAUUUGAAUGAUGAAAAUGCUCGUGAGGAUGAACAAAAUUACGACAAAGGAUUUACUUCACGGGAAAUGCAUAUGAAUGAUACUGAGCUAAGUGCAUCUGGUGAUAGUUCUGAGACUGAUCCAGCAUAAAAAAAUGGCCGAAUCCGGUCCUGCUGAUGAUUUAUUUUCUUCUGCUCAUACUACUUUCCUCACAAGCUUUCUUCCAAUGAUUCAAUCGCCUUGUGUGCAAUCAAUCUCAAGGCUUUUUUGGUCAUGGCUUAAUCUGGAUAGUAUGAAUAGUUUCUAUUGAUUCAAAUGAAGUAUAAAUUGGUCCAUUUUGCCUUUUUGCUUAGGAUGGGUCUCAAUCAAAUGGUUCAAGUUGCUGUCCUUUACUUGCAACAAUUCAGUAGACCCUUUUUACUGACAUUAGAAGAAUAUUGCUGAUGCUCUUCAUUCAUACGAGUCUUCAUGAUAUGGAUUUGGCUUUCUUCUCAAGCUGUGUGCCAUUCACUAUUUGGCCAAAUCAAUUCAUCACAUGACAUCAGCAAUCGGAGAUGGUUAGAUCAAUUUUCGGUUUUGAUUGGCAGAAUUGUUUUAUUGGCUUGUCUACAUUUUGACGGAGGCAAGAAACUUAGUUUUUAUGUUUUAUUUUUAUGUAAUUGUUAUUGGAAGAUCAGCAUCUUUUCUAUCCAUCCGUGUGAUCUGUCUGCCCCAGUUCCUCCUACCAAAAUUGAAGGCAUUGAAAUAAGAUUCUCGGAUAGAAACCGGAACCUUAUCUUCCGGUGCACUUUGUUUGCCUCUGAUGUAAAGGGAUGUUGUAUGGGGUGGGGAAAGUGUUGGUUUUGUUCUGUUUCCCUCUGUAAUUAAGUUAAGGUGGAGGUAGAGUUGGUGUUUGAUGUCGAAAUGGCACUAGAUGCCGUCUCCAAUAAAUAUUAUUCUUGUAGUACUUUCUAUCCUUGUUUACAAUUAUAGCUCCUUUGUCCUUUCUUGUAA